AUGACCACAACUAUUCCCAAGUACUCCCAAAAGCCAAUCUGUGUCGUCAGCGGCGUUGGUUCCGGCACCGGCACUGGAAAUGCAUGCGCCCGUCUUUUUGGAAAGCGGGGCUAUAGGGUUGCUCUUAUAGCUCGAUAUAUAGAAUCCUUGCAGGCAGCCGUGACCGAGAUUAAUGGUUAUGAAGGCGGUGAAGCAGCCGCAUUCCCGAUUACACAAUACAACAAAGCAGAAGUCUCCCGCGUUUUCAAGGAAAUUAAGGCAAAGUGGCCAGGGGCUGAGAUCCGCGUUGCCAUCUACAAUACCGGACACCGAGUCGCGAAACCUUUCCUGGAACUGACCCAGCACGAUAUAGGCAAGUGUCCCGCUGCUGCUGCCGCUACUUCCUUGUUAAGUGACCUGUCCUGUUGGGCCAAUUUUUUGGCCGAUCGGGCAUCUGAAAAAUCAACAGAUGAAUCGGUUCAAACAAACAUUCUGGGUGGCUUUGCAUUUUCCCAGGAGGCAAUUCUAUCGUUCCGCGAGUACGCCAUCAACGAGCUAGGAAACCGAGGCGUACUGAUAUUUACUUCCGCUACAUCCGCAUGGAGGGGGAAUCCGACGAUGGCUGCAUUCGCUGCGGGGAAACAUGGUGUUCGUGCGCUGUCACAGAGUCUGAAUAAAGAAUUCGGGAAACAGAACAUUCAUGUGGCUCAUGCGAUUAUUGAUGGCCCCAUUAUAACGAAGAUUACGCGGAAGACUUUUGGUACUCCGGAGUGGGAUACCAACCCGGAUAUCGUUUUGAAUCCAGCAGAUAUCGCCACAGCGUAUUGGUAUCUUGCCCAUCAGCCUCGCUCAGCAUGGACAUGGGAGAUUGAUCUUCGACCCGCACAUGAAACUUGGUGA